CGAUCCCGGAGACACCAUAACAGGUCGCGCCAUUCCCCUUUCGCACCACGACGAAGGAAUCUCAAUUCCUCCCCCCUAGGCCUCUUCGUAUCAUCAUCAUCCCCUACUUUUCCCCGGAGCUCCGAUAAUCCUUCACCUCUCAAUUGGAUUUUCCCUCUUUCGUUGUUUCUUGCUCGGGAUGAAGCAAGUCAAUUCGCGGACUUAGGGUUUGAUUCAUUGUUUUCCGAAUUUCUAAUGGCAUCUUCAAGGUCUCCGAAUGGAUCGUCUGACGAUAUCGUUGAUACCUCCCCCUUGAUGGGGAAUUCGAAUCGGUCGCUUGAUGAAACGCAUUCGGGUCGGCGAUUUGUGCAGAGGCAAAGUCUGCGUCAGGCGGCGAGGUUUCUGAGGCAGGCGAGUAGUCGGAGGACGAUGCGUGAGCCGUCUAUGUUGGUCCGAGAGACAGCUGCGGAGCAAUUGGAGGAGAGGCAGAGUGAUUGGGCGUAUUCGAAGCCGGUUGUCAUCCUUGACAUCGUCUGGAAUUUCGCUUUUGUUGUUGUUGCUGCUACCGUUUUGGUUCUGAGCCGCAACGAGUCUCCUACAAUGCCUUUGAGGUUGUGGAUUGUGGGGUAUGCGUUUCAAUGCGUUCUCCAUAUGGUGUGUGUUAUUGUGGAGUAUCGUCGCCGCCAGCAGCGGCGCUAUUCAGACUUCAAUUCGAUGGAUGAGGGAAAUUCUGCACGCGGGCUUUCCGGUUUGGGGUCGAGAGGGAACUCGAGUCAUUAUGUAUCAUUGGCGCACCUGGAUGAUAACGACACCAGUGUAGCAAAGCACCUGGAAUCUGCAAAUACUAUGUUUUCCUUCAUCUGGUGGAUCAUUGGAUUCUACUGGGUAUCUGCAGGAGGCCAAUCUUUAGCACACGUCUCCCCUCUGCUUUACUGGUUAUGCAUCAUAUUCUUGGGUUUUGAUGUCUUCUUUGUGGUCUUCUGUGUUGCUUUGGCAUGUAUCAUUGGAAUCGCUGUUUGCUGUUGUCUUCCCUGUAUCAUUGCACUUUUAUAUGCUGUAGCAGACCAGGAAGGAGCAACCAAAGAAGAUGUUGAACAGUUGUCAAAAUUUACAUUCAGAAAGGUUGAUGAUGCAGAGAAAUUCUCCGCUGAUGUACAGGAACCUCUUGGUGGCAUAAUGAUCGAAUGUAGUACAGAUUCACCCAUUGAACGUGCCCUCUCACAGGAGGAUGCGGAGUGCUGUAUCUGCCUUUCUGCAUAUGAGGAUGGCGUCGAGCUACGAGAGCUUCCGUGUGGUCACCAUUUCCACUGUGCCUGUGUCGAUAAGUGGCUGUAUAUUAAUGCUACCUGUCCUCUCUGCAAGUACAACAUCCUGAAAAGUAGCAAUCUUGCUCAAGAGGAAGUUUGAAAUUACAUUUAUGUGUAUGAAAGAACGUAUAUACAGGUGCGUUGUGUGUAGUUGUGAAAGGGAUGGAUCAGCAAACUCAGUAUAGGCCUCUUUCUUUUGCUGCAGUUGCUAUUAUUGUUGUAGUGAAUGUUAUUCUUUGCUGUAGUCUUUGCUCUGUGCCCAGGUUGCUGCUCGUGUAAAUGGCGAUUGAAGGUUCUCUGUAAUGACUAAUACCCCCCCACCCCAAGGCAUUCCCUUUUGUUUCCUUCUCCCUAGUCCUCAACUUCUGUAAUCUUGUUGCUCAAUAAAUUUAAGUUACAAAUCUUUUGUUUU